CAGUUGGCUGCGAAGCGGCGAACAAAGCGGACGUCUACAUUCGCAUUCGGAUUUAAAACGCCGUCGCAUUGGAAAUUCUAGGCUAAAACUAAAAAAAUAUUUGUUUUUCUUUUGUUGGCCAAUACCACUCGCUACAGCUGCGAAAGAGAUAACGGAUAAAAGUAAAAGAAAUUUCAUAGCCUAAGAUUUUCAUUUGGAAUUUUCGGCGUUCUCGGUCGCCGUGUGUGAGCGUGUGCGCGCUUAAACAAAAAGAGAAAAGGAAAAAAUAAAUUUCGAAUUCCGCUAGAGUAUCGGAACAAAAGUUAAUCGUCGAACGAAUCAAAAAAAUAAGCGAAAAAUUCAAUAAAAGUGUGUUGAUCAAAUUAGACUCUGCGGAAAUUGGUUGUGAAAUUGUGAAAAGAAAUCAGAAAAUUAAAACACAAAAAAAAUUAAAUUUGCCACAAAACAAAAUAAAGUGCUAAAGUACGAAAUUGUCAAAAAAAAAAAAACGAACGGCAACAAGAAUAUUUGCCUCUCAAACAUACUCACCCACUCACUUUGCGUGAGUGAAAUUGUUUUGUUCACAUUUGGCUUUGUGUACUUGCAACAACGUUUUCCCUCAUCUGUCUGUGCCUGUGUAGUUGGUGCGAACAAACAAAGAGUUACAAAGUCAAACGAGGAACGCGUUUGGCCAGUUCUCGCCAAAAAUUCUUAGUCAUCCCUGUGGCACAGAAAGGCACCAAGUUGAUCCUUUCACAUUCAAGAGAUAAGCGGCAGUAGCCGUAGCAAUGGCCGGUUUGUGAAACGUCAGCGUAAACAGUGGAUACUGAAAAAGACGGGGUUUGUCGUAAAUUCAUCUGUGAGUAGAUUGACACAAUGACAGCAAUGCCAGUGGUGUGGUGUACCGACCCAAAUUCGGUCAAUAAUAAACCGACUGCAUUCGCUCUCCACGGCAUUCAAUUGCAAGGCAAUGUUACGGAGAAGCAGGUACUCGCCUUGAGGGAGUUGGUUAGUGCAGCAGCUGAAGGGAGACUUAUACUACCUUCGGACGGCACUUUUAUGCUCCUCGACAGUGGCAUCAGUAUUGAAAGUUCUAUAGUGAAUAGUGGGGAAAAAACAUCCACGGAGGGAGCAACAGCUGCGAAUGAAAGAGAACCCAAGAUGUCGUCACUCGAUAAAGAGAAUAUUGCACGGAGUUGUGGCGAUGCAAGUGUGGGAAAUGCCAACAGGCCCUGGAAGAAUACCUACAUUCUGAUGCCGGUGACGGCCGCAGGACAGUUCAAUUCAAACUUGCCAUUACAACAAAUGCCAGAAUCUAAGAAAGCAGCGGCCGAAGAGAGCUUUGAGUUGGAACCAAAAUACUCCACAUUCACACCACCGCCAUCCAGCGCGGCUGAAGAGGUUCUCUAUGAGUUUUUGUGCUGUGCCAAGUGCAUGCACGAUUCAAGCGGAUCCCGAUGUUCAAAUGGAACAGCGACCAAGAUAUCAGCAUCCUCCGCCAUGUCCCAGCAACGUAGGUCUCAGUCCCAACUUAUGCUACAGAGACUUUUGAAAUCAUGUGAAAGACCUUCGUUUCGGUCUCAGGCAGGAGAACAACAUCCACAGCAACAGAGACUGCAGCAGCUUAAUGGAGAUGACUCGCCCCUUAACCAUGGUCGUCGCAGUACUGAUAAAGUCAACGAACCGAAUCAGCUGUACGAUUCCACAUGCAGCGUUGCGAACAAAUACACGCGGCGCUAUCAGCGCAAGCACUGCAAUAUGUCGGCUGCGACCACCAUCGCACGUAAUCGUCACCACAAUCAUCGUCACAAAUUACCGAUGCAAAGUGUUAAAAUCUUUCACAAUCGCAGCCACGCGUGCGCUAAUGGAACUAGCGGAGGUGGAGGUAAUGGUAGCAACACAAGUGGCGGCGGCGGUAAUAAUCAUAAUGGUGGUGGCUUAUCCAAAUCCACCUCGGUCUCCAGCGGUGCUUGUAGUAAAACGGCCAAAUACAAUGUGCCAAUUCCGCUAGUACUUGAUCAGCCAUCGUUGCUGAAACCCGCGUUACAACUACCUCUGUAUGCAACGGUUAACAAAAGUCAUAGUAAAACAGCUGCUGGAACGAUGACGAUGGAAAUAAAUGCGUCACAAUGUGCCGAAGCUGUAGACCAUGAAUCUGCGAGCCAAACAAAUCUUGUCGCACAUGAUGUGUCAUCCAUAUCGCCGUCCAGUGUGCGGCGACAACGGAAAAUGGGAGCCAUUCAGGGCUCUCUGCAUGACACUGUCCUCAUCGAAAUGGAACAUUUUCGGGGAACUGUAGACGAAGUUAGCCAACUGAACUGUGAUAUCGUAAUGGACACUUUACCCAUAGUUAAGGACUUAAUUAGUUUUGAUGACGAUGCCAAUGUGGUGGCUGCCCGUUGUCCAGCAACACCACCACUACAAAGUGAACAGCCUUCAUCGUGUGAUAAAAUGCAUAGUCAAGUGUUAGAUCUACUCUCACAACCCAAUAUCGAUUUCGAACUCCAAAUGGGUGAAGAACGCCAACCUAACAGGGAUAGGCCGUCAAACCCAACGGCAACGCCACCGCCCGUGCGCAGUAAUGCGUCCAGCCGGAAAACCAGCUUCGAUUCCACCUGCACAAUUAGCUCCAUGGAUUCAGGCUUCAUAGAAAUGCAAAAUAAACUGGAGAAUCCCCCACAUCCACCCUUGUCCAGCAUUUUUGCUGGAUUGUCCCCCAAUGCUGUUGCACGGGAUGAUAACCGCUGGCAGGGGGGUCAAGGUAAUAGUGGUGGUGGUGGUGGCGGCAGCGGAGAAAAGAUUGCUCGCCUCAACUAUAAGGAAUGUCUUACACAGUCGCGCAAUCGUCGCAAGUCUUAUGAGGAAUUUAAAGCCAUGUUUGCUAGCCCUGAUGGCCCCUCAUCCUCGCCAUCCUCAACGGCACUAGGUGACUCCAGUCCCACAAGUGCCGACGGUCACAGAAUACAAAUAAGGCGAAAGACAUACCAAGAUCUUAGGAAAUUAUUCGACAACGACAUAAACUGUGAUGCUUUGCAUGCAGUCGCCUUAACCACACUCAGCACUGCUUCAGCUGCCCCAACGGAUAUGGCGAUGGUGAGUGCCUUAGAAUCAAUCUCAGAACAAGAAAGUGCCAAAGCAAUAGCAACAAGAAACACCAAUGAGUUGGCAUUAGAAGCAGCAGACGAAACACUUGUGGAUCUAAGCAGCGGAGACGAUGGCCAUGUCAGCAAUAAACCGGCUUUGGCAAACGAGUUUAGUAAAGUCACCAGCCCCACCGUACCAGGUACAUAUGAAAUGGAUACUAGUGCGGCUGCUGCUGCUGCUGCUACUGCACACAAUCGUGGCGAUGAUAACAAUGCUAAUGGUCAUUGUCUAGCGCUUGGCAGUAGCACCAACGACUGCACAUCAAGCUUAACCGCAGGUGACUUAACCGACAUCGCUACAUCGCCCUGCAGUGAAGGCAAUCAACAUCAGACCACAGACAUUCUUCGUAAAAACUCCGAUUUCCUCUCGAAAAUACUCGACCGUCAGUUGAUGGCAAAGGAGAAGGAAAAGGCCCACAUGCGUCGCAAAUCCUACGAAGAAUUCAAACGUCUUGUGCGGGAAUGCGAGUCCUCAGCCAGUGACCAGCAAAGCAAUGACCCGGUGGCGUCGCCAUUUAAGCGACAAAAUUCGAAGCAUCGUAAAAGCUAUGCUUCGUUCUUGCUCAUGAGACGUAAUUCCCAAACGAAAAAUAGCAAAAAUGCCAACAGCAGUUCUGAGCAGACAAACCACCGUAAGGACAACUUGAAAGUCUUGAAGCCCAGCAGCCAAUUACCCGAAACCGCCUCGAAUGCGGCACCUCCCAGUUACAAACACAACUUCAAGAUUUACGAUAAGCUUGUAUAUGGUACCAUUUACGAUAUCAUUCAGCGUAAGAACGAUAUCUACAACCUAACCUAUCAGCGUUACGACAAAUACAUGACUUAUGGCACCAUUUACGAGAUUUUACAUCGAAAGUCAUCGCAGUCCUCCAUUACAUCGAACUCUUCUUCCCACCACACAACCACCUCAAGCAACGGUGACAAGGGCUUUCAGCGCAAAAGUUUAUCAUCGAUUUUAGAGAGGGAAACGUCCAUCACCCCCGCGGUGACUAAGAGCAAGGCGACAGAGUUUGAGAAUUUUAAGAAAUCUGGAAUGAUUUAUGACAUUAUCCAAAGGCAGCAACAGCCUGGCAUGGUCGCCAUCGUUAAAGAUGCCAGCAGCCUUGCAACAUAUGAUGUAACCACCGAAAAAAUAAAACAAUCAUCAUCCUCUAAAAUACCCAUAGGCGCCGCUAAUGAAGAAUCCCCUGCGUCACUGGAUAAAGAAAAUGUCACAGUUUGUGUUUCCAGAUCUGGCAACACCAAUGCAUCCACAUACAAAUACGGUACGAUAUACGACAUCCUGCAGGGAGAGAAAUUAGAUGCCAGCCAUGAGCAAACAGCGAUAUCAAUGGCCAUGGCCACCGCAUCAGCGGCAGUGAAUGGUGUUAGGCAACUGAAAGGCCAUGUUAAAAAUCGUUUUGUGGUCAGUAGGAUCGACGAGUCAUUUAAGACUACCCAAGUGACCGACACCCCCAUAGCACUGCCGGCAGAAAAGAACAGCAUUGAGAAACAAGGAAUUGGAGAGGGGACGGAAACAAAUGGUGUUAUGCCUUUGGCGACGACUGGUGAUACCAAAAUCCUAUUAAAAGCAACCAAGCCAAAUAAAAUCAGAAGACUGUCCCACAUGCUAACGCAUAAAUCAGCCAACAAUGACCCGAAAUUGCCGCAUCACCACCCAGAUGGCAAAACACCCAGUGACACAUUGGACGAAUGCCUCAAAGGUGGAUGUCCUGCUAUUAAAUCCAAUCUCAUACCCCUCGACAGCGAAGAGGUUUAUUCGCGGAUAAUUGCCAAAAAUCGGGCCAAAGUCGGAUGUGGCGGUGGUCCAAUACAGAAGUCCAAUUCUUUAGAUGCCAUUUCUACUUCGGUAACGUUGUCGCCUCCUGCCACCCCCUCACCACCAUGUCCUCGACGAAGUCUCAAACAGCACCAUUGUCUGACUGAAGUGCAGAAGCCGAAGCAAUUGAUACUGAUCAAAAAGUUUUCCCUCGAUAACUCGGCCACCAACCAUGGUUCUGCAGAACAGCAAUGCUCGCCGAAUGAUAAAGAUGCCAAGCUACGACGUUGGUCUAAUCAGAUCCCCCUUAAAUGCCACUGUGAUCAUUCCAUAGGUAUCCUUCAGCCGUCUGGCAGCGAGUUCAGUCGUACUUCCAGAGAUCUCACUUCAUCGGAGUUCGCACUCAAGCCAUUCAGAUCACUUAACUGCACCUGCAAUGAACAGUUGCCCGCCAAUGCAAUCUCGACCAAGUCAAUUCAUGUACUUGCUGGCCCCCACACGCACGACGGAGACGUCAUUGAAGUAUCGGCCGCAGAAUUUCCCUCUUCCACUAACACUUCCAACGCCGUCUGUACCUCCUCCACAUCUACUUCCACCAUUGUCUGCAAUACGUGCUCCGUUCACGCGGACGCGCCACCUUGCCUGUGUUUGCCAAUUAAAAAUACCACAAACUCGCCUACACCAGCUGGGGUGUCUAAUGCGAGCAAUUUGACCACUACGAACACCAAUACUAGUUCAAAUGGUACCACAUCUGCGGCGUCGCCUUCAUCCAAGAAAGGUAAAUCACGGCGGCUAUCGGAAUUUACGCGAGGUGAAUUUUUAAAUGAAAAACCAUGGUACUUCCGCAAAAUCAAACGCAUUGAGGCUGAAAAGAAACUAUUACUGCCAGAAAACGAGCAUGGAGCGUUUUUAAUAAGGGACUCUGAGAGUCGUCAUAAUGAUUAUUCGCUAUCAGUCCGUGAUGGUGACACAGUGAAACACUAUCGUAUCAGGCAACUGGACGAAGGCGGUUUCUUUAUUGCAAGACGCACAACAUUCAGAACACUCCAAGAACUGGUGGAACACUAUUCCAAGGACUCUGACGGUCUAUGUGUCAACCUUUGCAAACCAUGUGUACAGACCAGUCAAUUUGCGGGUAUAUUUGAGAUUGAGAAACCUGUCACCGAAGGACUGUCUCAUCGAACUCGAGAUCAAUGGGAAAUUGACAGAACAUCAUUGAAAUUUGUGCGAAAAUUAGGUUCCGGUCAAUUUGGCGAAGUAUGGGAGGGCUUGUGGAACAACACCACUUCCGUGGCCAUUAAGACUCUUAAAUCAGGCACAAUGGAUCCAAAAGACUUUUUAGCUGAAGCUCAAAUAAUGAAGAAACUCCGGCACAAUAAACUCAUACAAUUAUAUGCUGUUUGUACAGUUGAAGAACCCAUUUAUAUUAUAACUGAACUGAUGAAGCAUGGUUCGUUGCUGGAGUUCCUGCAAGCUAUUGCAGGUAAAGGACGCAGCCUUAAAAUGCCGGUGCUGAUUGAUAUGGCAGCGCAAAUUGCUGCUGGUAUGGCUUACCUAGAAUCCCAGAACUAUAUUCACAGAGACUUGGCUGCCCGCAAUGUUUUGGUGGGUGAUAAUAACAUCGUUAAAAUUGCUGAUUUUGGUUUGGCAAGACUUAUAAAAGAAGAUGAAUAUGAAGCUCGUGUUGGUGCCAGAUUCCCUAUUAAGUGGACUGCUCCCGAAGCCGCAAACUACUCAAAGUUCUCAAUCAAAUCUGAUGUUUGGAGUUUCGGCAUUUUGCUAACAGAAUUAGUAACCUAUGGCCGCAUACCAUACCCAGGAAUGACAAAUGCCGAGGUGUUGACACAAGUUGAACAUGGCUACCGUAUGCCACAGCCGCCAAAUUGUGAACAGCGGCUCUAUGAGAUCAUGUUGGAAUGUUGGCACAAAGACCCGAUGCGACGGCCAACAUUCGAGACCCUGCAAUGGAAGCUGGAAGAUUACUAUACAUCGGACCAGAGUGACUACAAGGAGGCGCAAGCCUACUGAUAAAUGCUCAAUGGUUCCAAACAAACCGCCAAAUCCCGGACCACAGCCACAGUGAAGACCGCGACAGCGAAAGCCACUACACCAUCACCGACACUUAAUACGUAGACCAACGAUCACCACUAAUCAAAAUCGAUUUAGGCAACCGACAAAAGAGGAAACACAUCACCCUGCUCCCACUCCAACACCCCCCCACCCCGGCCCGCUCUUCUUCCAAGGACAGUGAACAAACAAAGCACACAUUUUUAACUGAUUUCCAGUCCGUUUUUUUACUAUUGUAAUUCCGUACUCUAGACUUUUUGCGUUAUAGACAGACUGCCGCACAGAGCAGAAAUAUAUGAAACAAUUUCAAUAAAUAGUAUUAGCAACACUUCACAAAACUGUAUGGAACGAUUGCUGCCAUUGUUGUUGUAUGGCAUGCAAGUGGACAAAUUAUGAAAAACAAAAA